UGUAUGUUGGCUUUCAGAAAAGUCUUGACGCUUGUUGCAAAUGUACAGAACUUAGCAUUUUCUGGUGGCAUAUGAUAGUAUCCCCACAAUUCCUCCUCCAAGAUUGGUGCAUAGCUGUCACAAGGACCAGCUUUCAUGUGACUGUGAACGAAGUCACUUUCGACAUUCAUAUCUUGGCUAUCAGCAUCAUUUGUGAAUGUUUUGGAAACAAUUCUGGAAUUAGCCCAGAAUUGUGUUUUCAAGACAAGUGGAGAACAAGAUUCUGCAAGGUUGCUCAAUCCUUAAUUACAAAGUGAGAACCAGCCGUCUCUAGAUGGCAGCAGGCAAACCUCAGAGCGACCAUGAAGAAAUGCGCGUCAGGGUCGAACAAGCGCAAAGGGAGAUCAUUCCAGCCGUGGAACUUGAAAAGAAAGAAAUUCGCAUGAGAAUUCCACUGAAAAUCCAACUCCCUGUGCGCCCCUCUGUCCCUGAGAUCGUUAUGACUACCUUUGGAAAUGGUGGAAAAACCCGAGACACAACUGAAAGUGAUGCUGAUAGAAUUGUGGGGAUAACCGUAAGCCGCGACGGUGGGGUGGAGAUUGCACGUGAUUCUGUUAGCUCACCCCAGUCCGGUCGCAGGCAUGACACAUCAUCGGAUAAGACGUUAGUAUCGAACAUACAAGCACCGCACUCUUCACCUAAACUUGGCAGUCGACUGACAGUACAGCAGUCGCAUUCCAUUAUAGAGAAAACAGAGGAUUUGAUGGAGUUCUUUGAAGAUAAGAAGAAAACCAAACAGCUUUCAAAACGUACCUCAUCCAAGAAGCACCGGACCCCAAGUCCGGCUGCUAUAAGACAAAGUAUUGGAUUGGAUCAUCUGGAUAAUUUGGUAAGACUGAUGGAGCAAUUAAGCAAUUUGAGAGACGAAAAUUCAAAGCUAAAAAAUCGCUGUGAUUAUUUAGAGAGUACGAAAACUCUAUUGGUAGCCAAGAGUCAUUUAGAAGAGGAAGACUCUGUUGGUUUAGACAGUAUUACUUUUGACUCAGAUUCCUUACCUCGGACUAAAAAAUCUAAAAGUAAGUCUUUAAAAUCUGGUCCCGAAAUGGUAGAACCAAGAAAAAUGCGACCUCGACUGCCAAGUGCGGAAGAUGCAAAGUGCCUUGAAUUUGACUACGGUGAUUCUAGCUCAGACCAGGCCCAACAACGAAACAGGAAAUUAUUCAAGAGAAGCUUUUCGACAGGAUCCCUAGAAGUUCCAUCUGACAUUGUUGAGCAGUCUGAAGAUGAUAUUGGAACUCAGAGACUCUCAGAUCCUUUUGAAGAAAAAAAUUCUUCAAAAUUGUCAAAGUCACCAGAAACAAAACGAAAAUCUAAAUUUUCAAAGUGGGCCAAAGUGAAAAAGGUCUUAAACAAACAACAAUUAUCAGAAAACAUAAGCUCAGGAAUAAAAUCAAUCAAAGGUUUAGGUAAAGGUGCAUAUCUACGCUAUGGUUCAUUUGCAGGAAGAGAGCUUACUGUACCUUCACAUUCAGUGGCUGAAAGUCGGUCAGUGGACAGUGGUGUUGGCAGCGGAAUAGAUGGAGAAAUGGACGUGCGCCGGUCCACCUCCUCCAAUGAACCUCCUAGCCCAACGAGAUUCUCGGAACGGGUAAUCGAUAUGCCGACACCUUGCGUUGAUGAUGUUGAAUGUGAAGGUAUCUGGUUGGGCCCGCCUGAAUGGAUCGAAAAAGAGCGGGAAAAGGAGAAAGAGCUUCUGAAACAAGCUCUAAGUGAAUCGCCUAAAAGUGAACCAAGGAAUGUGGGCUCGCCUUUGUCUUUGAGUGGAUAUGAGUCACAAGAACAACAUUUACGACAUUUACAACCUCAUUUGCCUCGACGGCAAUCCAGUCCGCUGCUACUUGACUCUGGAGAUGAAGAAGACAUUGAGGAUUUGAAGCGGUCUUCAAGCUGCAAAGAACCAGAAACCAGUAAAAAUCAGGAUGACGUCAAGGGCGAUAAAAGUGAAAAGAAGCAUAAAACGCCAUGGGGUAAAAUGAAAAAUAUCAUUCAUACGAGAAAAGAAAGUGUGAAAAAGAAAUCUACAAAGGGAGGAAGGGAAAGUGAUUCAUUUGGAUUUGAAGAAGUGUCAGAGACUGAUUAUGAAGUGUAUGAUGAAAUGAAGUAUGUGCAGGAGGGAUUAUUAGAAGGACCAGUAAGUCGGUCGACACCGAAAGCGUCACCAGUUGUGUUUCGGCAAAAGCAACAGGAUAAGAGCUCUAGUAAUUCUCCGCAGGGCAGUCAGAAAGAUCGCUCACGGAAUGUGCCUACCACAGCGUCAGGCAGCGUUGAUGUCUCAGCUCUACUCGGAGGCGUGUCAGAUGAGUUCACGAGGAAGCUGCAAGAAUGGGAGGAGCUCAAGGUCAAACGCAUGUCACGACAGUUCAAAGACCAUUCCCCUGAGGCAGCAGAAGGCAUGUCAUACGAGAGCGCAGGAGGCGUGUCACCAGAGUUCCUAAAAAAGUUAGAGGAGUGGGAAAGAAUCAAACCCAUCAGAGAUUCUGCAACAAGUGAGAAAAAGCGUGACAGUCAGAUAGAACAAGAACACGAGACAGAUAGCUCUGAUGAGGAGACGGAAAGUGUGACAACCUCACCCUCGGAGUCGGCGAGGCAGAGCACUGUCUCAGACAUGCAGCGACGUCUCACUGACAGCUUCUCUCGCAAGAUGGAGGAGUGGGAACGGCAGAAGUACAGACGAAAUCCCAGCACGCCUGGAGAAAUCAAGGACAUGCCGCAGAAAACGAGCUUCAAAGAACGGCAGAAGAGUAAGAAGACAAAGGAAGAAAAAGAGAAGGAGAAGUACAUGAAACUCAGGGAGCGGGAAAUACUUAGAGUAGAACGAGAGGAACAGAAGUUAGAGAAAGAAAAGAUGAGGAUUGAGAAGGAAAGAUUGCGGGCUCUCGAACGAGAGGCCAAGAUUGAAAAAAUGAAAGGUCGACUUUCGCAACCGGACAUGGAGUCCAAGUUUAAAAAUCCGGUCCUUGGUCCCCUGACAGAGUAUAAAGUGACGGCGGAUUUUGCUCGUAAGUUACACGAGUGGGAGGUCCUGAAAGGGAUGGACAGCUCGACUGCGAUGUACCUCGAGGCCCAGAAGAGGUCGCUGCAGUUCUCGCUGGAGUACCACAAUGCUCACAACAUCCUCAACAACAAGGGGGAAACAACUCAGGAAUCAAGUGCGACAGAUGCAGAGGAGUCUCAGAUGAGGAAGACAAGUAGUGAGUCGGAGGACAUGUUUCUUAUGGAUGAGCCUGAUGGGGCCUCACAAAAGGUCAAAGGUCAGAAGCCUCCACCCCUGGCCCUCAUUCCCUACUAUGGGUCGCCAGAGCCCUCCCCUGGGGCACCUGUUUCCGAGGACAGUUCCCUAGACGACCAGUCGACGGAGACCAUGGAGAGCAUGACUCAGCAUAAUAUUGCCAGCCUAGAGAAAGCUAACAAGCGACUGUUGGAGGACCUGCGUCAGCGGGAGAUCGAGUACAUGGAGCUCCAGAAUGAGGUCACGGAUCUCAACAACAAACUCAUCAACUUCAGGAAUGAGCAUGUACUGGAGCUUGCUGCCGUAAGGUCCAAGCGUGAAGAUCUGUACAAGAAGCAGCUAAUCGAGAGCCAAGGGGGCAGUGAUGUCUCGUUCGACACGAAGCACAUGUCACAGACCCUCACUCACCUGGAGGACAAGAUCGGGGAAAUCAAGAAGUUUGGAGAACAGCUCGCAAUGUCCAUGGAAGGGGCUGCGGUGGGCAAGUUCCAGACUGUGGAGGGAGAGGAGAGCAUCAACAAUCGUCUGGUUGACCUCCUGGACAAGAUGAGAUUGUUGCUUCAACAGGCCACACUCAGUGGAGACACACUGGAAGAGGUGUCCAAGAAGUCCUCCGCUCUCCACCACUUUGAGAAGCUCUACAGCCAGGCCAUGCAGCUUCAGAUGCAGAUGAACAACCUCAGGCUGUCACAGCUCGAGCGUAACAAGGAAAUCAUGAACAUGAAGAGGCACCUCUUGCUACAGGAAGCCAACAAUCUGUUACUGCAAGCAGACGUGACUCGUAGAGAGGCGGAGCUGCUGUAUUACAAGGAAUAUUCACAGAAACGUCAGCCAAUCAAACGCUGGAACACCUACAGUGGGAAGGAGGACAGAACUAGAGCCAAUUUGCCAGCCCAGGAUAUUCCACAGAAGCACAGCAUUUUCCAGCGUGUUCAGAGACUACGCAGCACCCGCCCUUUGUUACCUAGCACCACUGACAGCGAUAGUGAUGAACAGACAAAAACACCCCCGCGUAGGGAGUCCCCUAGAGUGAGAAAACGGGAAUCUCCAAAAUCUCGUAAAAAGGAAUCCCCGACCUUGCGUAAAUGUGAUUCACCAUCUACAAGGAAAAAGGAGUUUUUAGGUGUUAAAUCAUCCAGUGAUUUAGAUACAGGUGUACCAGAGAGAAGUACGGAUAGAAAAGAGGAAUAUGUGACACAGCUGAGUAAAGUAUUAUCAACUAAAAAAUCAAAGGGGGGUCAAAAGGUAUCAUCAUCAUUGUCAGUCACUCUUCCAACUGCCAAAGUCAUUCUCCCAAAAUCGGGAAAAGGUAAGGAGGAAAUUGGUCGACAAAAAACGGAACAGACUCGGGAAAGAAAAACACCAGUUGUACCUCCAAUAUACGAGUUGUCUGCUUCGAGCAGUGAUGGGGAAAAGAAGCCCAAAUUUCCUGAAUUGCUUAUUCCUGAAUGGAAGAAGCAAAGUCACGGGAGUAAAGUUCUACAACGAGUUCCGCGUGUAGAAUCAGAUAAUGAUGUUCAUAAAAUGGAUAGCGACAUUUUCAUUCCAGAACGAACUACAGUGACAGAAAAAUUAUUUUUACCUUUGAAACCAAGGAGUGAGGAGCGACCGCGUUUACCAGUGGAUCGCAGUUUCGAUUCAAGCGAAACUAGCGAGGAUACUUUGAAAUACAUGACCCCUGAGCUUAGCCCAGCCGUUCACCCGGAGCCCCUAAAGUUCCCCACACGUUCAGUGAAGGAGUCCAUGGAGACUGCCUCUGACCCGGGGCAAAGUAGACCAAAUUCUAUGAUAAAAGUUCACAUAGAGACCCAUGGAACCCCUUUGUUGUUAAGGAAACCGCCCAGUGGAUAUCAACUCAGAGGUCGUGGAGGUCACGUGUCAAAUAUCAAUGUUCCUAUCAUUCCUAUCAAAAGAAUUCAGCCGGCUCAAGAGUUGCUGGAGGACAGUCAAAGAUAUCGCAGCGGGCAUUCCAUUUACCUUACUAGGAUUUUAAAACGUUAUCCGAUGAAAAUCGAGUGUAGGAGUCGAAACAUUGAAGCUACUAGUAAACCUGUGACUCAUGAAAAAGAGAAUGUUAAAUCGGGGUAUGUGAAAACAAUAGUGAAACAAUUGUCAAGGGAAGGUACACCAGACUCGAAGGGUUCUCCAAAACUUGCUGCAAAAAGUUCACCAGGCUCAGAAUCGCCGAAAUCAGAAUACGUGUCCCACAUAAUCAGGAAAUUGUCAACGCCAACUCCACCAACUGGACCAAAUUCAGAUAAAUUUACUUUCCCGCUGCGUGACCUUUCAAACGGUGGUCAGGUCCAAAAACUGCGGCAGGCUUACAGCGAGAGCCCAGAGGGACUGCCUGGUCGGAGGUAUUCUGAGACAUUGAUGGUGAGGAAGAAACCUCCAGACGUCACUCCAUUUGAAUCAUCGUCUUCAACAUCAUCCACACUCACAUUCUCUCACACGCAGCUCAGCAUACACACGGACACUGGUAAUGGAAACCUUGGUAAUGGAGCCAUUGAACCCCGGGCAACCUACUCCUCCAUGCCCAUGCUCAGCCUGGAGGGAGACGAUUUUGGGCGCGAGCGGGCCUCCACGACGUCAUCUCGGGUGGCCCCGACUUACUCUCCGAAGGGGAGUCCAGCUCAGCGACACAAGGUUCACGUGGCUGUGUCAAUGUCUCCCGGACGGUCAAGGCGGAUCAUUGAUCCAACUCUUUCUCCGGUGCGUCUUCGUAGGCUGAUUGACCCCGCGUCACCGGGGCGCAGACGUAGAAUACACGAACCGUCCCCGAUAGAAAUCCUCACUGAAGAACCAGCAGAAAUGACCACAGUUGCUCAAACACUCACACAAUCGCCUCAACUUUCACCACAACAAUCGCCAUCUACCAGUCAGGGUAUUAAUAUUAAAAGACGCUCACCAAAACUGAAACGGAAAGACAAAUCCAAGAAGGGGACCAUUGAGGUUUUAUGUAGACAGUCGAUCACAUUUGAUUUAGGGGUGUCGUUACAUGCUCAAGGGGAGGCAAGUGGGGCCGGGGCUCAAGGGGGGGAAAUGCGAUCUAGGACAUUACCCAUUAGGCACUCCACAUCAUCGACAACAUCAGCGAGCUCAACAUCCGAGAUUGAGGGAGCUACUGGGACCUCAGAGGACAAGAAAAAGUCACGACACAAAAAAUUUAUGGACUCGUCAUUUAUUCAGAAAUCAAAGAAGUUCUUCAAAGUUUCGAAGCCAGGCGGGUGCUCCUCACUCAAGUGUUGUGGCUCCGAUAGAGAGAUGAAAGAGUUUCACAGAAAAUCCUAGUCAAGUCCAACAAAGAUGACUGAAUGAAAAUCAGGCCAGAAAACCAUGGCAAACUGGUUUCCAUGACAAAAACCUACAGACACCUGCUUGACAACCAAUCAGAUCUGCUUGACAACCAAUCAGCAGGGUCUUUGCUUGAGCUGACCAAGCAAGGUCAAAUACAACGCAAGGUUACAGAUGGGUCAAGGACAACUGAAGGUCAAGGAAUGAAGACACAAAUCAGAUCAUUGAAGAAUAGUUGUUUGAUUUCAAAACGGAAUAAAAUUUGUUUAAUGAGGAACAUUUUUACAGUUUAUCAAAGAAAAUAUAGAUAAAACCAUUAAAUUAAGAUAACAAAUAAAUAAAUAAAUAGAAAUAUGCUUUGGCUAAUUCUUAUGCCAUAUUGUCACUUGAAAGGAAAUAUUCGGGGAUUUAAUGUUUAACUCAGUUAAAUCCAGUUUAAAUGUUUAAUAAAAUAACAGAAUCUUUGGACUGACAUUAAAACACAUAUUGAUGCUGAUUUAUACAAUGAGGUCAGUUCAAACAUAGUGCAAUAUUGUUGAACAAUAUGUUUAUGUUUUUAUUUAUUAUUUCAUGUGCUAUUAUAUCUUUAUAAAAAGUCUAACCACUGUGAUAUAGUACAGAAGGAUCUAUGUGAAAAUCUAGUCUUUAUUAUAUAUUUAUAGAAGAAAGAAAAAGAAAUUUCAGUGUGUUUCUAUUUCGAAGCAGUUUUUUUUGUUCUUCUGAACUCUUAUAUGUGCAAGUGUUGUGUUAUAAAUGUGUAAAUUUCAUAUUUGAAAUAUAAUGCAUUAAUUUGAUGAAGGAAAAAAAGCAAUGUUUAUAAGACUUUAAAUCUAUCCAUGUCUGUUUGAAUAAACAACAAGAUUUUACCAAAAUACCAAAAUAGUGUUUAAAACACUUAAUUCAUGCAUUUUAUUUUAUUUUUAUCUCAUUAAGGUUGAUACAUUUUCAUUAAAAAAUAUAUUGAAAUUAUUGAUAUUUUUGGAAUUUACACAUGAAAGUAAGAGAAACUGCUGGUAGUGAACAAAUGGAUUAAUAUUUUCACUUCUUCUUUAAUUAUACAUGAUAUCAAUUAUUUACAGAUGUACGAAAAAAACAUGUUUAAAAAUAUAAGAAUCUAUGAAGAAAUAAUUGUUAAAGAUAUAUGAGAUUAUUAUAUAUUUCUAUUAUUUUUUCUUAUCUUAGAUAGACUAAUGUCAUUUACAAAAAUAAAAUUUUAAACGUU